AUGAUACCUGUCCUCUAUGCUUUGCCACCCCAGUUUAUUCUUAUGAUCGACGACAUCAAUACCAGCAAUACGAAUCUGUGGAAAUACGUGGAUGACACAAUUAUUGCAGAGUGUGUUCACAAGAAAGAAGGCAGUCGUAUUCAAUCUGAUGUGGAGGAACUGAUUGCUAAGUCUAAUCAAAAUAAGUUCCAGCUAAAUGAAUCGAAAUGUAGGGAACUGCGGAUUUCGUUCGCUAAAUCAGCCGCGGACUUUGCUCCAAUUGUUAUCAACGGGAAAGCAAUAGAGGUAGUGUCUACUGUUAAGUUGUUGGGGCUAAACAUUUCUUCCGACCUUCGGUGGAACUGUCAUAUUGCUGAAAUAAGUAAAAAAGUUGCAAGUCGAUUAUAUUUUCUUAGACAACUGAAGAGAGCGAAUAUUCCCACCAAAGAUCUGCUAAUCUUUUACAGGACUUGUAUCCGCCCAGUAAUGGAAUACGCAUGCACGGUGUUUCACAACGCGCUUCCUGCAUAUUUAUCUGUUGAGUUAGAACAGCUACAGAAACGUGCUAUGCGAAUUAUUUUUCCGUUUGUUCCAUAUAGCGACGCAUUAAAUCAAGCCAACUUGGAGACGCUCUCCCAACGCAGGCAGUCUAUCACAACUAAGCUUUUUGAUUCCAUCACCUGUAACUCAGACCAUAAACUGUAUAAGCUCCUGCCUCCUCAGAACAACUGUGAACUCAAUUUGAGACGAAAGAGGAAAUUUAAUGUUCCUCUGGCUAAGACGAAGAGACUCAUGAAUACAUUCAUAUAUAGUAAUUGUAGUUAA